CUGGCGCGGAGCUCCGAGCCCCCCUCUGCCCCGGAGCCCCCCUCGGACCCGCGGCUGGCCCGGCACGGCCCCCGCGCGGAUUCGGGCUCCAGGGCGGCUCCGUGCGGCGCUGAGGAUGAGGAUGGCGAGCGGAUCCUGCGGGAUAAAGCUCUGCCCAUCCCCCUGGAGGCCGCCCCCGGGCAGGGGCAGCGCGACCCCCGCUGCCAGCUGCAGCAAUUCUCGCACAUCCGCAAGGACGUGCGGCUGCCGCUGCCGCCCUUCGCCCGCUCCGUGCUCUGGAGCCCCGAGGAUCUCAUCCCGCUGCCCCUCCCCAGGCAGGACCCUCCCCCUCCGUGU